AUGAUACACAGUUUAUUCAUUAUAAAUCCGUCUGGAGAUGUAUUUCUGGAGAAACACUGGAGGAGUGUCAUACCAAGAUCAGUAUGUGAUUACUAUUUGGAAGCCCAGCGGGCAUCACCCAAUGAUGUCCCACCUGUGCUGGCAGCUCCUCAUCAUUAUCUGAUAUCCAUACAGAGUGGUGGGGUGGCCUUAGUUGCAGUGUGCAUGCAGGAAGUUGCUCCUUUGUUUGUUAUUGAGUUCCUCCAUAGAGUUGUUGAUACAUUCCAGGACUAUUUUUCAGACUGCACAGAGACUAUAAUUAAGGAAAACUAUGUAGUUGUAUAUGAGUUAUUAGAUGAAAUGCUUGACAAUGGGUUCCCUCUUGCCACUGAGAGUAAUAUUCUUAAGGAAUUGAUCAAACCACCUAAUAUUUUAAGAACUAUAGCUAAUACUGUUACUGGAAAGUCUAAUGUUUCUUCAAUAUUGCCAUCUGGGCAGUUAUCAAAUGUACCAUGGCGUCGGUCAGGUGUGAAGUAUGCAAACAAUGAAGCCUACUUUGAUGUAGUUGAGGAAGUUGAUGCUAUUAUUGAUAAGAGUGGUGCUACUGUUUCAGCUGAAAUACAGGAUGUGGCAUUAGAGAUUUGUAUGCCCAAGUGUGUGUUGAAUUGCUCACUGACCGCUAACCAAGGGAAGUAUUCGUAUGAUCCAGUUAGUAAAGUGCUGCUAUGGGACAUAGGACGCAUAGAGUUGCCAAAACUGCCUAAUAUUAGAGGAUCUGUAUCGGUAGCGUCAGGUGCGGAUACGACGGGUGCUAACCCAAGCAUCAACGUGCACUUCACGAUACCGCAACUCGCCGUGAGUGGUCUGCGAGUAAGUCGCCUCGACAUGUACGGCGCCAAGUACAAGCCCUUCAAGGGCGUCAAAUACGUCACGAAAGCCGGCAAGUUCCACGUCAGAAUGUGA